UAACUCAGUGAAACAACGCAACAGUUCUGCAUUUUUCCACUAGGCGGUGAUCGGUACCUACAAAAAAAAUCGAAAAUACUUUCAUCAAACAUGACAAUUAUAUAUAAAAAGUCAGUAAUGCCAAAAAAUAAACAGCGUGUUAAAAAUUCAUGAAAUAUUUCUAAUAAUUUAUAUUUUGCACAUACAUAUGACAUAUUUAUAACUCGGUCUAAUAUGAACAACGCGCGACGAAGGAUGGUGGUCCAGAGGUACAGCAAUCGACCCCCGUUCGAUAUGAAAGGCAAAGAAAUGUCGACAGUAGGAAAAAACUACAAAAAAUCGUACGAGCACAUAGAAAAGUCGUUUAGAACUAUCAUGAAUCAUUUAGACGCCAUACAAGCCGACGAAGAUUCGAUGGAACCGCCCGAGAAAAAGUCUCCGAUUAAUAACGUUCAAAAUAGUGCGAAGUGUAAAACGAAUUCGAAUAUACCAAGUCCCGUGCCGAGGAUUUUGGAGAGCUUUCAAAAAGCUGCUCCGAAACGACAACCUUUGGGAUUGAGGAACAAUCCUAGAAGAACGGCACAAAAAACGGAAGCUAGACUGAAAAAGCCACCACGGACUGCCAAUUCUAAUGAAAGUGACAAAUUCGCACUUCAGACGUUAUAUAGAAAUAAAAAUAUCGAUUUCGGAAAAAACGUACCAAACCAUCACAUGAUGAGGAACCUUUUGCAAAAUUACGAUGAACCCAUGGAAGAGUACCAUACUCCUGUUAAGAAAACAACCAGCACAAAUAAACCGGUGACAAUUAAAAGACUGGAUAAGGCUACUAGCACCACAGAUAUAUUGCGCGAGGAACAACGUCAAAAACCGAGUAGAAAGCCGUCAUACAAACUGAGAACAUCGCAGAAAUCUAAAACCAGAAUGCCUAGGGCACAAAGUCGCGGUUUGAUUUCAAAGACUUGCGCCUCUCGUACAUCUACAGAGGAACCCUUUUUAACUGAUAACAAGAUCAUCUCGUCUCCCUCGUACGUCUGCUCGAUCUGCGAAAGCAACUUCGUUUUGGAAGACGAAGCCCAAAUGGACAAAUCGAACAGCAACUACGUAUCCAGACAAGUGAAGAAAUUGAACAACUGUAACAACAACGAAUUGUUCGAUAGAUACGGCAAAAAUGCUAAGAAGAGCGACAACAUGAAAUUUGGUGCGAGGAAGAACGGUUACAGAUUGCAAAAGUUGAAGUCGCACAGCAAGAUAAAGACGAAUAACGUAGCGAGCAGAAAUUAUUUAGGAAUGAUGGACACAGUGAAGAAGAAGGUUCCCAGGAUGAUGGAAAUGAACAACGAAACGAUGUCUACAGACAACAAAUACGAUUGGUCCGACGAACAACCGGAACCGGAGACCUCGCCGCACGUCAAAUUCCCCAAAGAAACCCGUUGCGCGAUGGACAGAAUGAUGGACAUGCGCACGCCGCUCACCAAGUACAUGAAACCGAAGGAAUUGACCAUAAAACCGGCGAUUUCGUUUAAUCACAAGGACGCGUGCGUCACCAAAGCGUCCUACACCAGAAACACGUCGCCAUAUACGAUCUGCAACAAAUUGGAACCGAUACCCGGUAGCAAGGAGAGCGGGGGCAUCGGGGAUCACGUGGGGACCAACGUUAUAAAUUCGGGAAAAGGAAUACCUUGCGGGCGACCUGGUAGUCGCGUGACCAGAAUUGUUCAAAAACCAAGAGGUGUAAGAUAGAAGAAUAAUAAUUCGUUUAAUAAAAUAAAUUUACUGUAGUAAACAUAAAUAUAUUCAUAUAUUUCUGC